AUGGCUGAAAGAAUAAGAGCUAAUCCUCAGCAGAAUCUCCCUCAAAGCGAACCAAAUGGACUUAGCCCGGAACGAGAUCACGUAACUCUACUGCCUCUUCCACUCCAUUACCCUAAUCCUACUCUUGGGCCCCAAAUGGAAAAAGGCCACUUCUGUAAAAAAAUCCUGGAUCCCAUCACUCUGUUCUCUAGUUUGUUCACUAGCUAUAUCNCAUCGCAGCCUUUCCGGGGUUCAUCAUGGGCAUAUCGGGAAAUGUUGGUCUCUUGGGAAGCUUCCUUUCGUAUGGGUGAAACAACUGUUAGAGUAUCAUCACACGUGGAAGAAAUUAGUGAAUCAGCUCCUCAGGAUUAG